AGAUGACACACUCUUGUUUGGUGAAGCUACCGAGGAGAAUGUCUAGGCCAUGAAGGGUAUUCUGAGAACAUUCGAUCUGGUGUCAGGGCUAAAGAUCAAUUUUAACAAAAGCCUAAUCAUUGGCAUUGGGGUAGAGGAAGAGUGGCUUGACAAAAUGGCGUGGAUUAUGUGCUGUAAAAAAGGGAAUCUGCCCUUCAAAUACUUGGGGAUCCCCAUCGGGGGUAGUUGUAGAAAGAUUUCCUUUUGGAAGCCGCUAGUGGAGGUCUUCCACAAGAAAUUAACAACAUGGAAGGGUCGGUUCUUAUCUCUUGGUGGUCGGAUCACUCUCAUUAACUCAGUGCUAUCCAGUCUCCCCGUGUUUUGGAUGUCGAUGUACUUGAUCCUGAAAGGUACAAUUCUUUCUCUUGAUAAAAUUCGUAGAAGAUUUUUGUGGGGUGGGAUUGAGGGAGGUAAGAAAAUAAAUUGGGUCAAAUGGGAUACGGUAUGCAAGGAUAAAGAACUAGGGGGAUUAGGAGUGAAGGACUUAAGGAAAUUUAAUUUGGCGCUGCUAGCCAAAUGGUGGGGCAGAUUAGUGAACAAGGACAAAGGGCUUUGGAAAAAAGUGAUCGUAGAAAAAUAUGGGAAAGAGGGAGAACCUAGCUAUAAUUGGCUGAGGGAGAAUAUUGGCUACGGAUCAACUUGGUGGAGGGACAUUUGUAGAUUAAACAAUAUUGAGUGCAAGCAUGAGGGGUGGUUAGUGGAGGGGUUCAAAAUCAGAGUGGGAGAUGGGGGUAGCAUAAAAUUCUGGUGGGAUGAAUGGUGUGGGGAAGGUCAACUGGCGAAUAGAUUUCCUAGGCUUUAUUUAUUAUCUGCAGGAAAGGAUUUCAAAGUUUCACAAUCGAGAGGGUGGCUCAACGGAACAUGGAUUUGGCAUUUAGAAUGGAGAAAAGGACUGCAUAGCUGGGAAGAACAAGAAGUAUCAGAGCUCAUGAAAAUGAUCAACGACAUUACAAUCACAAGAGGAAAAGAAGAUAUAUGGGAGUGGAGUCAUAGCAAAGAUGGAGAUUAUUCAUCAAAGUCAGCCUACCAAGCACUCAAGAGGGAGCACGGAUCGGAACAACAACAGUUGGCUCUCCACAAAGUCUGGAACUCAAUUGUGCCAAACAAAAUUUCAGCAUUUUCAUGGCAAGUUCUACAGGAUAAAAUACCUACAAAGAUCAAUUUAAUCAAAAGGGGGAUAACUCAAGGCAUAGAGGAUGGCAGAUGUGACUUAUGCGGUAGCCAAUUAGAGGAAGCUAGCCACCUUUUCAUACACUGCAGCAUUGCCCACAACCUUUGGAAUGCAUGCUUCAGAUGGUGGGGGAUAAAAUCAGCUCUGGACAAAGAUUGCUUAAAGGUAUUCCGUCAACACUCAUCAGUAAUCAAAAUGGCAGGGAAAAAAGAGGGCUGGAGCUGCAUUUGGUUUGCUGUUGUAUGGACACUUUGGUUAGCUAGAAAUGAAAGGAUUUUCAGAGGCAAAGAGGAAGAUGAGAACAGACUUCUCAAACUAGUCCAGCUAAGAGCAUUUAGUUGGAUAAAAUGCAGAUCGAAAAGCUGCACCUUCUCACUUUCAGAUUGGUUCCAGAAUCCAUUAGCUUGCUUAAAGAACUAGCGCAGCAGGAAGAAAAGGUAUGUAAAUACUGAUAAGGAUGGAAGGGAAUGAUUUUCCACAAAAAGAAAGCAUAGGCCGAUAUCUUUUUUCUGCUAGUUCAAAUUCCUUCUUUCUUCGGGGCAUAGAACAUUGCUU